UCAUCCGUGUAUAUAAUGUCGUCAACUUCGACCGAAACAGAGAGGCAUUAUUAUUUUAGCAGAGCAAUCCUGAGAGAAACAAGAGAAUUACCACCAUCAGCAGGGGAUAGUAGGCUUCCUAUUCAUAUUUGUCUCAUCAAGCAAAGGCGCAGUUGGUCUGAUCCUCGUAAUUGUGAAAUCUCCAUUGGUAAAAUAAACAUUGUGAUCCGCUACUCCUCUCCCAACCACAGACAAGCCUACUCUGAUUCUAUUAGCAGGGAAAUGUCGGCAUUAGGUGUCCCCCUAGGGCAGCAACCGCCUAUCCUCGAAAAACUAUUUCAGGUGGUACAAGCUGCUGUUCCGGAGCGCCGCAUUAUUGUGGUCAUUGCAGACGUGACCGUGCGGUUAUUGGGUAGUUUUGAUGAGCAUCAUGAUCACACUGACAUUAGUAGACUUACCAGGGAAUGCCCCAUUACCUUUCAAUUAGAGUUUACUAAUGGCACCAUUGAAUCAUAUGCAUUGAGUGAGGUUGACUAUCAUGGUGUCGACGAUAGGGUCACAUGGGAGUCCUUUGAAACUCAUAGGGUCAGGUUUGUUCCUGCAACUACAUCAUCCAUCAUGAGCUUGCAGAAAGUGAGAACAGACAGCUUGGAAGAAGAAACUAUCAAACAGAACCCAUCAUGUGCUAUUUGUAUAAACGACUUUACAGAAGCUGGUGUCGAUCAACUGAUUACUCUUUUGCCUUGCGCACACCAUUAUCAUCUAGAUUGCAUUGUCCCGUGGCUGAAGACGAGUCACUUGUGCCCCUUGUGUCGAUACCCAAUGCCAACAGUGGAAGAGGCAGAGUCUUCAAACCUUUCAAAUCCCUAACCGAGUUUGAGUGGCAAAUAUGUUGGCUGAUAAUGAAAGAGAUGAAAAGAAUCUCAU